CACUUUUCAUUGUCGCAUAUUAGCUCGUAUCACAAUAAUAAAUUAUUUUCGUUAAUAUUUACACUAAAAAGCGCUAAAACAUGAAGCGGAACGAUAAUUUUCGCAUCUUAGGCAAGGGGCCCUGCCCCGCUGAGAUUACCGAAACUCAGGAGAGUUUCGGCACCCCUUAUAGAAACAAAAAGAUGAUUACACGCGCUAAUCGUAUGGAGCAAUUCUUGUGGAAGGAAUGUUUGGACGAAUACAAUCGUCAGAAUUCAGUUAAGGAAGACUUGGGCCCCAACCACACCGAGUAUUUUGAACAGUUCUGCAAGGAUAAGCCACCGGAGGACGAGGAGCGUUUGGAAGUGCGCGUUAACAAGUAUCCUCUCUACUGCACCACGGCCAUAACUCUAUGGAAUCAUGAGGGCGACAGUUCGAAGACUUUCAAAGUGAAGUAUUCUGUGACCAGGCCAUUAGCGGAAUGUACCGAGAAGUUUGGACCCUAAUCAAAAACAAAUCGUUAUUGUUCAGUUCAGUUUUAAUGUUCUGUGUGAAUUUAAAUGUAUGUGUUACAAACGCAGCACAUACAGCUAAGCAUGCAAAAUCUUAGUUUAUCUUAAAAUAAAUGCUAUUUAAAUAACGGCAUAAA